CUCCGAGCCCACCCGCCUACACCAAUAUCCGCCAACCUCCAUGCGCAGCAUAGCUUUCGUGCUGCUCCUUUCCACCAGAACUAUAGCCGCUCAUGUAGUGCGAUCCGGAAAGUGGUGCUUUGGAGGUUGCGAGACUGUCGUCAACUAUGCCACUUUCAACGAUACCAGCCCAGGGUCCAAGAAGGCGCGAUCAUGUGAGGGCAUCCUGAGGGCUACAUCGCUGUACCUCUGCAUCGACGAGUACUGUGCGGAGUCCGGACGUAAAGCAUGGCUACAAGAUGCAAAUGAGACCUGCAUAGAGCGGGUCAAUGCAACUCUGCCACCAUACGAGAUCAUCGACCGGUUUGGCCCCCAGGAGCGCUCUGGCUUCAAGCGUUUGUCCGCCGAUGAGGCCUUCACGUGGCCUACUCUAGACGAAAUCGUAAUCCCCGACGAAGAAUUCUUCGAAAGAGCGUUCACGACAUUGGAUGCGGCGUUUUUCGAGUAUGGUAUCCAUCGUCUAUAUGGCUAUGUGCUGUUCUACUUCUGGGCAGUCGUGGUCUCCUUUGGGGUGGGGAGUAGACUUCUGUCCCUUAUUCAGGGUUUGAGGCGACAAGAUUGGCAGCGUGUCUCCACCAGUCCCGAUGGCUUCAAUCGUUAUCGGACAAAGUCGGAGAUGUCGAGCUGGUUGCAGACGCUGUUGAAACGCUACAUCACUGUACCCGCUGCUUUCAACAACCUUUGCUCACAGCCGUUCGGGUGGUGCACCGUCCCGACACGAAUCCAAAGCCUUACAAUUCUCGCCUUCGUGGUUUUGAACAUCGUGCUCUGUUCAGCAAGCUACCGUCUGACUGAUGGAAAUCUCUACUGGCCUACGCAACGCGAACAACUUCUGCGGUUUGUGUCUGAUCGGACAGGCAUCAUGUCUUUAGUGAAUUUUCCACUAAUUUGGCUCUUUGGCAUGAGGAACAACACAUUGAUGUGGAUGACUGGAUGGGGCUUCGGCACAUACAAUAACUUCCACCGCUGGGUAGCCAGAGUCAGUACGGUGCAGGCUGUCAUUCACUCCAUUGGCUACACCAUCAUGAUCUGCGAACGUGAUGGUAUGGCUAGCCUUGUAAGGUAUCUUCACAAGCACUACUUCUGGAACGGAGAACUAGCCACGGUCCUCAUGUGCGCUCUCCUUGCAUUCUCGGUGUACGGACUGCGCCGCAGCCAUUACGAGAUCUUUCUCACGUUGCACAUCAUUUGCUCUAUUUUCGUUCUCGUGACCAUGUACUACCACGUGUUGAUCUUCGGGGCCUGGGAGUGGAAUGGCUUCGUGUACCCAUGCGUUGCAGUAUGGGUCUUCGACCGACUCCUCCGUGGUGGUCGCAUUCUGCUGUUCAACUAUCGUUUCUGGAACAUAAAGGCCACUGCCACCUACGAUUCGGACUCGCACAUAGUCAGCUUGCGUGUACCUUGCAACAGAUCGUGGCUUAAGCCACAGCCAGGAACAUACUACUACAUCUCCGUCGUCGACGAUCUGCUCUACGCGCACCAAAACCACCCUUUCACCCUGGCGUAUGUCAGUACCGACGUCGAACGUCCGGACCUCCAGCUUCCCUUGAGCCCCAUCUCGGAGCGCCCUUCAGCACACCGCGCCAACUCCAAUGAUUCAUCCGAAUCCGAUGCUUUACUCCAGCCAACAGCUUCCCCACCAAAGUCCCCUUCCCUCGUUUUUCUCAUCAGACCAUACGACGGCUUCACUGGGCGUCUAGCCAAACGAGCCGCAUCUCGCCUAACCUCCGUUCGCGUGCUCAUUGAAGGGCCCUACGGACAUACUGUGCCUCUCCGCACUUUCACAAGUAUCCUGUUCAUGGUCGGGGGUACGGGCAUCGCCGUCCCGCUAUCACAUAUCUCCAACCUUUUGUCCGAAGCAUCCAGUGUCGUCAGCCUGCGAAUCGUCUGGGCAGUCCGUGAGCACGCGUUCCUCGCAUCAGUGCUACGUGAUUUCCGCGCUCUACUUGAAGAUGAACGCGUCAUGCUAGAGGUCCACGUAACGCAAGAUGUAAAGAACACAGAUGUCGUGCCGGCAGACGGGAUGAAGGGAGUGAAGUUGAUGCCUGGUAGACCGGCUGUACACAACGUAGUUGAGGACAUGGCUAUGGAGUCUGGAUACAACAGAUUCGCGGUCGUGGCUUGUGGUCCUGCUAAGAUGGCCGACGAGACGAGGAAGGCGUGCGUCGCAAUGUUGGGGAAGGGGUUCAGGGGGGUCGAGUACUUUGAGGAAAGUUUCAAGUGGUAAGAGGACAGAGCUCUUGUAUAGAACAAAAGAUAGACUUGUGAGCGUUCUAAAUCCUCAGUUCUUGUUGCACUGUUACGUAGCUGGAAGGUGAGUACGCGCUCCUUCAUUUCUCUCACUAUCACUUGACCUAUGCGUCGAUCUCGCCGACGUUCGCCAUUCUCUCUAAUUCACGCACACCUACAAUACAAGUAUGACCAUAAGCAAUGUCACGCAUUACUCCCACAAGAUUUACCAGGCGAUCACAACAAUAAGAGAACGGCCGCAGUGUUGGAGGCCGUAACCAUGAAUCUGGACGAUAUAACGCGG